GCGAUGACCGUCCAGCAAGACUUGAAUCUUUUCUGCGGCAAGGCGGUGACCCAAAUAUGUGGAUCGAGGACUCUGCAAGGAUAUCAGCUAAAUCGUUCUUACAUGUAUGUUGUGAGAAAGGCAGGAUUAGAUGUGUGAAGUAGUGAGUGUGAAGCCAAAGCAAGCCAAGGGAGAAAAAAAGAAGCAAAAACUUGAAUAUUGAAUUGAAACUGAACUGCAAACAAUUCAUGGGUGUUAUGUACCCAACAUUAUUAAUUGUGUGUAGAAAACUGUAUGACAACAAUUUUGCAAAUGGAGCAUGACCUUUAUUUGGAAUGGUUGCAUGCAUUUACAUACCCAGAAAACUGACACAUUGAUACUAGCAGUGUGACUGCAUGGUAUGGUGUUGUUGGAUUAUGGAGCACAGGCAGAUAUCCAGGGAUCCUGGGGCCAGACCCCCCUGAUGUUGUGUAUGUUGAUCGAGUACUUUGAAAUAGCAGAACUUCUUAUUAAAAGUAAUAGGAAAGUGGUAGAUCAGCAAGACUCCAGUGGAAACACACCUCUACACUAUGCCAUAGGUAAUGACAGUGUAGAGGGUGUUAAGCUACUCCUGAAGUACAAUCCAGAUGUGAGCAUCUUCAACAUAUUUGGUAUCACUCCGUUGAUGAAGAUAUGCUCAACAAAGGAAUCAGAACACAUGGAAGAGAUUGUAGAUCUACUUGUGGAUGCUGGCGCACAAAUUGAUGAAAAAGAUUUUAAAUCAAAGAGAACAGCUCUUCAAAGAGCAGCAAUGUCCACAAACAUCCCCACUGUGCAGUUUCUUCUGAACUGUGGUGCGGAUCCUAAUACUGUAGACAGCAGUGGACGUACGCCUGCAAGUAACCUUAUCUGGGAACAUAUCCGAACCCACCCUGGAGUACGGGAGAUCGACCCAGAUGUUACGACUAUAAUGCACAUGCUGGUCAUGGCGGGAUCAUCCUUAGAUGGCAAUAGAUAUGAGAAUUCUAGUCCUUUGAUACUUGCUAUCAAUUUCAAGUGUACUUCUCUGGUGAACUACCUUUUGGUGCAUGGAGCUAAGGUGGAGGGAGACUUUUUUGGAGGUAUUUCACCACUGCUGCAUGUUAUUAAAAAGAAAGAUAUAGACACAAUGAAGGUGUUGUUAAACUGGUCAUGUGAUUUGCACUGGAAGGCACGGGUAUUUAAAUUCAGCGAUUAUGAAAUGCUGUAUGACUCUUUCGAACUUGCGAUCCACGAAGGAUGUCCGGAAAUGGCUUUACUUCUGGUACAAGUUGGUUACAAUGUCUCGAAAAUAAAGUAUUUGUCAGAUUAUUCGAGUGAAGUUCCUGAAUGCUUGAAAAACAGACCAGACAUCCUGGAACAGUUGCGACAGUAUGUGCAGGAACCACGCUCAUUAUUUGAUUCCACCGUUUUGUGCAUUCGACAGACUUUGGGUGAUAACAUCAGUCACAAAGCUGAGGAGUUGCCACUUCCGAGACUUCUUAUUGAUGAUAUUAAACUGAAAGCUGUUCUUGACUGAACUUGGAAUGCUCCAAGGACUUGCUUGUGGCUUGGAUGACAUGUUUGUAGAAGGCUGUCAUUGUGAAGUAAUGAUGUGAUACAUUGUAAUGCCUCUUGUUUUUACUGCGAGAGAGUGUUCUAGGACUAUGUGCCUUGUUAAAAGCUUGCAAAUAUGAUGUUCUGUAAUGUACAUGCAUGACUGUGACUGUUUCAUGCGAGACUGUUACUUGCAAGACUUGAAUUGAGCAGAUACUUAUUGUGUUGUAUGCUGAAUUGCUCAAUGCUGGAAUCAGAGCACAAACUUAUGUUAAUUCUGUAUGAUUUGUGAUGUUUCCUGUGUGUUUGUAUAAUAUAUUUGUAAAAUGACAUAGACGUGCUCAGUUUAGUCAGUAAGCAGCUUGAUAAAAUAUUGGUCUUUGGACAAUUUUGUUUUGUCACUUUAGUUGAAUUUAAUUUAUAUUAGCUUUAAUACUGGUUAUUGUGUUUUUUGUUCAAAGUCAACCCAUGCCACUGUUAUAGUAUCUUUCAUGUUUUAAGUUUGAAAUUAUAUAAACUUAUACUCUUUGCCAUAAGCUUGUUUAUUAUAUAUUCUAACACGACCAGCAAAUAACCUACAUACAUGUAGAGCAAAAUCUAUCUCCGGUUAUUCUGCAAUAAACCACUCGCAUGCAAUGAUGUCAUCCUAUGCAGGUGCGUAGCAUGGUCGUAAAAAGUAGUUACCAUUUUUUUCUAACACUGUUGAUACUAGUAUGUCGUGUUAGAAUCGAAAUAAUAAGUUCCCAAGUGUGAUUUAUCAUAGAAUAAUCCAAGUUUUUUGUUCUAAUGCAAAACAAUAUAUCACUCAGGCCUACGGCCUUCGUGAUAUAUUCUUACGCAUAAUAACCCAAAACUCCAUGUAGUUCUGGGACAAUCUAUGUAUGAAAAGAAACUGGAACCACUGCCUUACCCUUGCAUGAUCGUAAGAGGCGACUAAUAGGGUCUUAACACUUGGUUUUGCUGUAACUCAUUGAUUCCAGCAGGUAUGCAAAUUUUGAUUCCAUACCUCAUGUUUUUAUUUCGAUGUAAAUGAGAUGUGAAACCAAAAUUUGUAGUCCUGUUUGGCGCCAUAUAACCUAUAUUGUGUUAGUGCGCCGUAAAACCCAAAUAAAUAAAUAAAUAAAUAUUCUAUGAUAAACCACGUUUGGGAACUUAUUAUUUCUUAAGUAAACAGUUGCAGAGCUUUCCAUUAUGUUAACUGCAGCAUUUGGACAAUUUUCAUUAAGCAUGUGAUUGCUCACAGACGAAGGUCUAACGGUUGUUUAUGCAUAUUUAAUUCUAUGUAAUCCAGUGGAAAAAAUGUAUUUCUUCUUAAUUUCUGACAUAGAAUAUGGAUUUAUAUGAAAUACAACUUUGUUGUUGUACAGGCUCUAAGACAGUCUUGCCAGCAUGUUUACAGAUUUGUGCUUAAAUUUCUAUUCAGAUUUAGAUUUCUGAGACUGUUCUUCAGACAGUUUUAUUACAUUGAGUCCAAGUAUUCAAGUAAAGCUUGGUUCAAAGACACAAGUAUGACAAUAUAAUUUUAACAAAUGCUAAGAUGUUAAUUGGUCAAGGACGUAUUCUAUGUCAUUUUUGCAAGAAAAUGUAAAUGACUGUAUUUGGGUCAUGACCAUUCAAGAAUGUUUUACUGAAAAAUAAUUUAACCAUGUAUUUUUGGUUCAUCAAGCACUCUUCCCAUGGUGUGUGGGUGUUGUUUUUUUUAGCUCACCUGUCACAAAGUGACAAGGUGAGCUUUUGUGAUCGCGCGGCGUGCGUCCGUCGGUCCGUAAACUUUUGCUUGUGACCACUCUAGAGGUCACAUUUUUUGUGGGAUCUUUAUGAAAUUUGGUCAGAAUGUUCAGCUUGAUGAUAUCUAGAUCAAGUUCGAAACUGGGUCACGUGCCGUCAAAAACUAGGUCAGUAGGUCUAAAAAUAGAAAAACCUUGUGACCUCUCUAUAGGCCAUAUAUUUCACAAGAUCUUCAUGAAAAUUAGUCAGAAUGUUCACCUUGAUGAUGUCUAGGUCAAAUUCGAAACUGGGUCACAUGCCAUCAAAAACUAGGUCAAUAGGUCAAAUUAUAGAAAAACCUUGUGACCUCUCUUAAGGCCAUAUUUAUGGGAUCUGUAUAAAAGUUGGUCUGAAUGUUCAUCUUGAUGAUAUCUAGGUCAAGUUCGAAAUUGGGUCACGUGCCAUCAAAAACUAGGUCAGUAGGUCUAAAAAUAGAAAAACCUUGUGACCUCUCUAGAGGCCAUAUUUUUCAUGGGAUCUGUAUGAAAGUUGGUCUGAAUGUUCAUCUUGAUGAUAUCUAGGUCAAGUUCGAAACUGGGUCACGUGCUGUCAAAAACUAGGUCAGUAGGUCAAAUAAUAGAAAAACCUUGUGACCUCUCUAGAGGCCAUAUUUUUCAUGGGAUCUGUAUGAAAGUUGGUCUGAAUGUUCAUCUUGAUGAUAUCUAGGUCAAGUACGAAAGUGGGUCACGUGCCAUCAAAAACUAGGUCAGUAGGUCAAAUAAUAGAAAAACCUUGUGACCUCUCUAAAGGCCAUAUUUUUCAUGGGAUCUGUAUGAAAGUUGGUCUGAAUAUUCAUCUUGAUGAUAUCUAGGUCAAGUUUGAAACAGGGUCAUGUGCGGUCAAAAACUAGGUCAGUAGGUCUAAAAAUAGAAAAACCUUGUGACCCCACUAGAGGCCAUACUUGUGAAUGGAUCUCCAUAAAAAUUAGUCAGAAUGUUCUCUGAUGAUAUCUAGGUCAAGUUUGAAAGUGGAUCACGUGCCGUCAAAAAGUAGGUCAGUAGGUCAAAUAAUGAAAAAACGUUGUGACCUCUCUAGAGGCCAUAUUUUUCAUGGGAUCUGUAUGAAAAUUGGUCUGAAUGUUUAUCUUGAUGAUAUAUAGGUAAAGUUUGAAACUGGGUCAACUGCGAUCAAAAACUAGGUCAGUAGGUCUUGAAAUAGAAAAACCUUGUUACCUCUCUAGAGGCCAUACCCUUGAAUGGAUCUUCAUGAAAAUUGGUCAGAAUGUUCACCUUGAUGAUAUCUAGGUCAAGUUUGAAACUGGGUUACGUGCCUUAAAAAACUAGGUCAGUAGGUCAAAUAAUAAAAAAAACUUGUGACCUCUCUAGAGGCCAUACUUUUCGUGGGAUCUGUAUGAAAGUUGGUCUGAAUGUUCAUCUUGAUGAUAUCUAGGUCAAGUUUGAAACUGGGUCAACUGCAGUCAAAAACUAGGUCAGUAGGUCUAAAAUUAGAAAAAUCUUUUGACCUCUGUAGAGGCCAUAUUUGUCAAUGGAUCUUCAUGAAAAUUGAUCUGAAUGUUCACCUUGAUGAUAUCUAGGUCAGUUUCGAAACUGGGUCACGUGCGAUAAAAUACUAGGCCAGUAGGUAUAAAAAUAAAAAAACGUUUUGGCCUCUCUAGAGGCCAUAUUUUUCAUGAGAUCUUCAUGAAAAUUAGUGAGAAUGUUCACCUUGAUGAUAUCUAGAUAAAGUUCAAAACAGGGUCACGUACCUUCGAAAACUAGGUCAAUAGGUCAAAUAAUAGAAAAACCUUGUGACCUCUCUAGAGACCAUAUUUUUCAAUGGAUCUUCAUGAAAAUUGGUCAGAAUUUUUAUCUUGAUAAUAUCUAGGUCAAGUUCAAAAUUGGGUCACAUGAGCUCAAAAACUAGGUCACUAUGUCAAAUAAUAGAAAAAAACGACGUCCUACUCAAAACUGGGUCAUGUGGGAAGAGGUGAGUGAUUCAGGACCAUCAUGGUCCUCUGGUUUAAUUUUGGUUUUUGUAUCAACACAAGUAACAUAUCUUUAAAGAGCUUUCCUUUGUCUUAUAAUAUAAAAGUCUCUUUGGAACGCCAGAAAAGCAGUGAUUUCCAGCAAAGCUACUUAGGAAAUGAUUUCACUAAUAAAGGUUUACUUAUAAAAUUGCCCGUGUAGUUGUAAAAAUAUAAUGUUAUUCUUAAUCUGAUUACAGUUUUUGCUGUAUAAUUUGAUUUUUGUCGAACCCGCUUGUGGAAGCGAAGACAUAGUUGUCCAAAUGGCUGUUCGGUGUAUGGGCGUCCGUCCGUGCUUCCGUCCAGAUUUGCUUGUCCGGACCAUAACUUUGACAUGCAUGGAGCAAUCUUGUUUAUAUUUGGCAUAAAUACUUAGAUUUUUUUAAAGAUUUACUUCCCUUUGUUGUUACUAUAAAUAACUGACCUAAAUGUUUGCCUCAAUGAGACAGGGUGUCAUGUGCAACUCCUAGUCCAUUUGACAGCUGGCAGCCUCGACAUGUUGCCAGUGGGCAUCUAGUUAGUUUAUCUGAUACUUUAAAAAAGGUUGUCACUUGAUCAUCUUAUGUCGGCAUUGGUUUUUCUUGAAAACUAAUAGCUAUAGCUUUGAAAUUAUGUACACCAAGUCUUGUUUAUCAUCAUUAGUUGAUUAGUUAGACCGAGAACCAAAACUCUCACACAUUUUGUCAGAAUUUUGACUGCUUUUAUAUUCAGAAAAUGGGAAGUUCUUUGUGAAAAUUUUUGUUUGUACUGCUCUGAGGUUAUAAAAAGAUUGUAAAAUACCACUACUAUUUAGUGGAAACAGCUAAGCACAUCUUUUUAAAUGGUUGUGACUUGUAAGUCUUUGUAGAUUGAGUGUUGUUUUUAUUUUGUUUUGUCAGCUUUUAUUUGACUGCAGCACUGCAUAGCUAUAGCUGUUUCCAGCCAUUGCUUAUCAGUUGUAGACCUAGCUAAAUUUUAAUUUUAAUACCUGCUUUCAGUUUCAACUCUAUGUCUGGGGACAAUCCAAAUUUUAAAAAAUUGCAUUUUGUUUAAGAAUAGGACAUUAAUUAAAGUUUUCUAUGUUAUUAUGCCCCCCUUUGAAAAAGGAGGGGUAUAUUGUUUUGCAGAUGUCGGUCGGUCGGAAUGUAGACCUAUCCGUUUCCAGAUGAUAACUCAAGAACGCUUGGGCCUAGGAUCAUGAAAGUUGAUAGGGAGGUUGGUCAUCACCAGUAGAUGACCCCUAUUGAUUUUGAGGUCUGUAUGUCAAAGGUCAAGGUCACAGUGACCCUGAAUAGUAAAACGGUUUCCGGAUGAUAACUCAAGAACACUUGGGCCUAGGAUCAUGAAAGUUGAUAGGGAGGUUGGUCAUGACCAGCAGAUGACCCCUAUUGAUUUUGAGGUCAGUAUGUUAAAGGUCAAGGUCACAGUGACCCUGAACAGUAAAACAGUUUCGGGAUGAUAACUCAAGAACGCUUAGGCCUAGGAUCACGAAAGUUGAUAGGGAGGUUGGUCAUGACCAGCAGAUGACCCCUAUUGAUUUUGAGGUCAGUAUGUCAAAGGUCAAGGUCACAGUGACCAGGAACAGUAAAAUGGUUUCCAGGCAAUAACUCAAGAACGCUUGGGCCUAGUGUCAGGAAAAUUGAUAGUUUGGUUGGCCAUGACCAGCAGAUGACCCCUAUUGAUUUUGAGGUCAGUAUGUUAAAGGUCAAGGUCACAGUGACCCUGAACAGUAAAACAGUUUCCGGAUGAUAACUCAAGAACGCUUAGGCCUAGGAUCACGAAAGUUGAUAGGGAGGUUGGUCAUGACCAGCAGGUAACCCCUAUUGAUUUUGAGGUCAGUAUGUCAAAGGUCAAGGUCACAUUGGCCAGGAACAGUUAAGUGGUUUCUGAUCUUCUUGUCCAAAACCAUAGGGCCUAGGGCUUUGAUAUUUGGUAUGUAGCAAAAUCUAGUGGUCCUCUACCAAGAUUGUUCAGAUUAUUUCCCUGGGGUCAAAUAUGGCCCCACCCCUAGGGUUACAUGGUUUAUAUAGCCUUAUAUAGGAAAAAGCUUUGAAAAACCUCUUGUCCAAAACCACAGGGCCUAGGGCUUUGAUAUUUUGUAUAUGACAUCAUCUAGUGAUCCUCUACCAAGAUUAUUCAAAUUAUUCCCCAAGGGUCAAAUAUGGCUCUGCCCUGUGGGUCACAUGGUUUACAUAUACUUAUUUACAGUGUGCAUAUAAUUUCUGUUCCUUGUGCAAUUACUAAAUGCAUCAAGGGGGGCAUUUCCUGUUCGACGAGCUCUUGUUUUUGUAUGUGUUUGGAUACUGGUAUUUUGGAUUUUUGAUACUUGAUUGUAUUCGUGAAGAUGCUACAUUGGGAGUGAUUUUGCAAUGGGUGAAAUUUUGAAAGACAUUUUAGAGGGUUCUAUUUAACAAAUAUGCAAAAAUCGUCUGUAAAGCAACACAUGGUGUUUUUUAUUGUGCCCCCCCCCCCCCCCCCCCAUGAGUGGUGGGGGCAUAUAGAUUUGGUCUUAUCUGUGCAUGUGUCCGUCCGAAGUUCGUGACACGCCUAGCUCAAAAAGUAUUUGAUAUAAAUUCAUGUAAUCUUGCAUGAGUCUUUAUCAUGAUAUAAACUUGCGUACCUCCUAUUUUUCGUCUGGCUCCGCCCCCUAUUUUUAGAGUUAUGGCCCCUGAAAUAGUCAAAAAUGCACAUUAUCACCUUGUGACGCGCCUAGCUCAAAAACUAUGUGAUAUAGAUUCAUGAAACCUUGCAUGUGUAUUAAUCAUGAUAUGAACUUGCGCACCUCCUAUUUUCCAUUUUGGUCCGCCCCCAAUUUUCAGAGUUAUGGCCCCUGAAAUAGUCAAAAAUGCACAUUUUCACCUUGUGACACGGCUAGCUCAAAAAGUAUUUCAUAUAAAUUGAUGAAACCUUGCAUGAGUCUUUAUCAUGAUAUAAACUUGCGCACCUCCUAUUUUUCAUCUGGCCACGCCCACUAUUUUUAGAGUUAUGGCCCCUGAAAUAGUCAAAAAUGCAUAUUUUCACCUUGUGACACGCCUAGCUCAAAAAGUAUUUGAUAUAGAUUCAUGAAACCUUGCAUGUAUAUUAAUCAUGAUAUGAACUUGCGCACCUCUUAUUUUUCAUUUGGGUACGCCCCCUAUUUUCAGAGUUAUGGCCCCUGAAGUAGUCAAAAAUGCACAUUUUCACCUUGUGACACGCCUAGCUCAAAAAGUAUUUCAUAUAAAUUGAUGAAACCUUGCAUGAUACUUUAUCAUGAUAUGAACUUGUGUACCUCCUAUUUUUCAUUUGGCUCCGCCCCCUAUUUUUGAGUUAUGGCCCCUGAAAUAGUCAAAAAUGCACAUUUUCACCUUGUGACACGCCUAGCUCAAAAAGUAUUUGAUAUAGAUUCAUGAAACCUUGCAUGUGUAUUAAUCAUGAUAUGAACUUGCGCAGCUCCUAUUUUUCUUUGUGUCUGCCUCCUAUUUUUUGAGUUAUGGCCCUUGAAAUAGUCAAAAAUGCACAUUUUCACCUUGUGACACCCCUAGCUAAAAAAGUAUUUCAUAUAAAUUGAUGAAACCUUGCAUGAGUCUAUAUCAAGAUAUGAACUUGCGUCUGGCUAUGCCCCCUAUUUUUAGAGUCAUGGACCCUGAAAUAGUCAAAAAUGCACAUUUUCACCUUGUGACGCGCCUAGCUCAAAAAGUAUUUGAUAUAAAUGGUUGAAAACUUGCAUAAGUCUUUAUCAUGGUAUAAACUUGCACACCUCAAAUUUUGUUGGCUGGUUCCACCCCUAUUUUUAAAGUUAUGGCCCCUGAAAUAGUAAAAAAUGCACUUUUUCACCUAAUUAUGUGCCUAGCUCAAAAAGUAUUAGAUGUAAAUUCAGGAAACCUUGCAGGAGUCUUUAUCAUGAUGUGGCCUUGCACUCUUGGCAUUCUUCUUGAGAAUCUUACUCUUAUUACAGAGUUAUGGCCCUUGAAAUAGCCAGAAUAGUGGAUUUUUUGUUUGUGAUGCUCAUAGCUCAAAAAGUAUAGGGCCUAGAAUAAUGAACCCUUUUCAUAAUAUGUUUGUUGAGGCUAUACCCCAUUAAGACUGCAAACAUUUGAAUUAUUGCCCCUUAUUUGUGACUAAUGUACCAGUGGGGGGCACACCCUGUGUCCUACAGACACAUUCUAGUUAUAAUUAUAAAAGUAUAAACCAUCAUGGAAAAAGCAUUAUAAAUAAUUUUUCAAUAAUGCCAGUAAUUAUUAAAAACAACUGAAAUAUUAAAGCAGCAUAUACCCAGUAGUAAGUUUGUAAACUGUUAUUAAGGGAAUGACCUUGAGUCAUAACAGGAAGUGUUUUCAUACCUUGAAAUAUUAUACAUAAAGAUUGAUGUAACAUAACACUAUAAAGUGUUUCUAAUCUUGAUAAAGGCUGAGGUUGAAAACUCAAAUUGUUUUUAUAUUAGGAAUGUUAUUUAUGCAAGUUUUAGAACAGACAAUGUUUGACCAUAGCUCCAUGAUCUUCGAUUUAAACUUUAGGAUUCUAAAUAUGAAUUUUUGAUUUAUGGUGCAGGGAGUGGGUAUUUUGAACCAUGAUAUUUCAGUUGGAUAAGCGGUUACCUAGUUUUGCCCUAAUAUUUAUGCAUUGACUGUAAUUAUACCUUUUUGCAAUUUUAUAUACAUAUGUAACCAUGGUUGUGAAUGUCACUGUGAUGUACUUCGUCUUACUAUACCUCCUGUGGUCCAAUGCCUGGGAAGUGUAGUGUUUGAAUUAUUCGCCCAUCACACGUAUGUUCUCAACGCCAACAGUUUCAAUCCCAUUCAAAUGAAAAUUGGUUUACAUCAUUAACAUCAAAUGGAUGUGCACAUACUAUUGUGGUUUGUACUCUAUGUACUAAGCUCCUCCCAAAUUUUCCAUCCAAUUCAAAUGAAACUUUGUGUACAUCAUCAGCAUGAAGUAGAUAUGUACAUAUUGUUGAGGCUUUCAUUUCUCAGUUUUUUUCUCAGUUAUGCCCCUUUUUGGACUUCACAGUCCCAUCUGGGUACAGUUCCCAUCUGAUGGAGAUGAAACUUGGUAUACAUCAUCGACAUCAAGUGGAUAUGCACAUAUUGUCAGGAUUUUGAUGUUCGGUUAUUAUUAGCUAACCUGAGCACAAAGUGCUAAUGAUGAGCUAUUGUGGUCAGUGAUGGUCGGUCAUCCAUCAGCAUUUUCCUUUAAACAGCAUCUCCUCUUAAACCACUAGGCCAAUUUUGAUGAACUGUUACAGGGAUGUUCCUUGGAUGGUCUUCUUUAAAAAAAAUUCAAAGAAUUGAAUUUCAUCAGAACUCUGGUUACCAUGGCACCCAAAAGGAAAAGCUAUUAAAAUCUUCUUAUCCAAAACCACAGGUCUUAGGCUUUGAUAUCUGGUAUGUAGCACCAUGUAGUGGUCCUCUGUCAAGAUUAUUAUGUCUCCCCCAUUACAUGGAAGUUGGUUAAUGUCUUCAACCUCAAAUAGAUAUGCGCAUAUUGUUGAUUUUUUUUUUGGACUUUACAUUUUGAACUUUGUAAUAUGAUACUGUAUCAAGUGUUUUUUCAAGGGCAUGUGUCAGACAGUGUUGACAUUCUUCUUGUAUCUGUAUUAUGAUAAUGAACUUUUUUGCAGUGCAAUAUUCUUUAUGCAAUAAAACUAAAAUCUUUUUA